CUCUCUCUCUCUCUCUCUCCCAAACAAACAGUAGCUUCCCCUUUUCUAGGAAAAAAUAUCUGCCAAUCUCUUUACAACGUUUUCGCAAAACAAAUUCAACCAAACAUCAUAAUUCCAUCACACUGUUUUCCUUCCAAGGUUUUCUAGGAUUGAACAAACAAAGAAAAUUAACCGGAAAAGAGCCCCCUUUUGUGUUCUAUACAUAUACCCCUCCACAUGCAAUUCACCAUUCCCACUCCAACUUCUCUCUCUCUCUCUCUCUCUCACUCUCAGACACACAGAUGAAACCCUAGUUAGAUCAACCGAUGAUCUAAGUUCUCUCUCUCUCUCCUCAAUCAUGAAAACAUAGUUUUUUAGCUUUCACUGUCUUGAUCAACUAUAACAUCUCAACCUCAAUCCACCCACAUCUCCUCCUCCUCCUCUCUCUCUCUCUCUCUCUCUCUCUCUCAAUGGACACUUUUCUAAACCCUAAUAACACAACCAUGAUCGCCACCACCACAAUCACCACUAUAUCCUCACCUCCAUCCAGCUCUUCUUCAACCUCACCGUCCACCACUCUCAGCCGAUACGAGAACCAAAAGCGCCGCGACUGGAACACCUUCGGCCAGUACCUCCAGAACCACCGCCCCCCGCUCUCCCUCCCCCGCUGCAGCGGGGCCCACGUGCUCGAGUUCCUCCGCUACCUCGACCAAUUCGGCAAGACCAAAGUCCACACCAACCUCUGCCCAUUCUUCGGGCACCCGAACCCGCCUGCCCCAUGCCCGUGCCCGCUCCGCCAGGCAUGGGGCAGCCUCGACGCCCUGAUAGGACGCCUUCGGGCUGCCUUCGAAGAGAAUGGCGGGCAGCCAGAAAACAACCCGUUUGGUGCUCGAGCGGUCAGGCUUUACCUGAGGGAGGUUCGAGAUUCGCAGUCCAAGGCCAGGGGAAUUAGCUACGAGAAAAAGAAGCGGAAGCGACCAGUGCCGGCAGUGGUACCAGCGCCGCUGCCGCCAGUGCCGCCGCCGCCUAAUUGCUAGGUACACUUAAUCGGGGUCGCGAAAAAACCGUAAGAAAGUUGGACGGAGUGUUCCAAAUUUAGUUUAGAGCAGUGCUACGGACAAAAAUAUUGCAACCCAAGCAUUUUAAAUUGUUCUGGACACAUCUGCAUCUGUAUUUAAAGCAUUUUCCUUGUAUUUUGAAUGUGGCAACAUCUACUGAUAUAUGUCAAUAAUUUGUGUCACUCAA